CUUUCGAGUUUGUUUAUUAUGAAACCCUCCAUCAGCUGAACAGACUGAUAACAAAAUGUCUUUUUCAGCGCACGAAAAUGGCGAUUCUAGGCAUUCUAUGCCUCGAUGUCUAUCUGACACCAGACUUGAUGAAGCCUUCAGUGCUCAUGGGCAAAGUGGACAUCGAUUUGUGCGCAAAACUUUCACUCGUCCGACAUAUUGCCAUCACUGUACGGACAUGCUUUGGGGUUUUACAAACCAAGGACUAAUUUGUGAAGGUAAGAAAAUUAGGGAAAUAAAGAUUUUAAUUGUAGAAUUAGCUUGGUCAUUUAAACUGUUUCUUGUCAAUUUCUAUUAAGACAGGGAAGCAAAUUGUCAUAUUAUCAUGCAUGUCAAAAGUCGAUGACUCCCAUUUCUUAGCAACCCACACCAUAUCUUAAAACGAUAUUUCCCCUUUUGGAUUCUUCAGUCCAAUCGAUCAACAAUAUAUUUUAAAAUCUGGCACUUUUUGUUUCACGGUAAACCAUUGACUAAAACCUCGGUGGAAUGUUACUCCCGACCGUGACUUAGUGUUCGGUUUUACUUGUUCGAAUCUGACACCCAGCUAUGUACAGAACGUAGCUAUGUACUGUUCUAAAAUACUAAACUGGCGUGUGUGCAUUGAAAACACUUCUUUAGAUUCUGAACAGGAACAAAAACUUUUUUUUCUGCAGAUUUCUGAAUGCUUUUAAUCAGAUAUACAUCGCCUGUUUAUUCAUGUUACAAUUUGGCAAAUUUUCGCACAACUUUCGAAUUCUGAAGCAUCUUCCUCUGUGAUUUUAAGACUUAUGUUUAGAAAGGUGCAUUAUUACUGCGAAGUGAAUAACGUAAAGCAUGUUUUUAUCUUCGAAAUACAAAAUACAAUCCUUGUCAUAGAUAAUUGUGUUGAUGUAAACUCAGGUGUGGGAAACACAAAAGGUGACUUCAUAUCACCCACUGGGUGCGUACGUUUACGUCAUAAAUGAUAUGUGAAAGUGUCAAAUAUAUUUCCACUUAGUAAGACGUGAUUUCCGCAAGGAAAGGUCUCAUAAUUUUUUGGGUAGGGUCUAAGCAUCUUCUGAAAAAAGAAAUCCCUUUUCCUGUUUGGCUUUAUUGGUAUUUUGAAUGAAUCAAAAUAGUCAACCUUUGUCAGCUGAAACAUAAUGAAUAUAAUGUAAGUUAUGAGGCAGUUGUGGAUAAUAAUGCUGUAGUUGCAUGUUAAAUUCUUUUGUGAUUUUUAAUUUUUUCAGAUAUUUGUACACAAUCCUAUAUAUCAUAAAAUGUGAUCUGAAAUGACAGGCAUAAUUUUCAUUUGUGCCAGAACAUUUUUUUGUUUAUCUGUUUGUUUUUGCAAUGGUUACUUUUUUUAAAGUGAUAUGGAGUGGGAAGGUUUUGAAAACAGGCCAUUUCAUGGAUGUUAGACACAGAAACAAGUAUUGUGUGAUUGUACAUGUAUAUUCUCAGCAAUCUCCCUUUUGAGGAAACUCAAUGAAGUACAAAAGACCAGACACCCUCUAUGUUCUUGGGAAGUGGUUAUACCUACAUGAAUGCUUAGAGAUAAUACUUAGGAUUCAAAUGUUGUACACAUAAAUGUAUGAUUUAUUACAUGACAUUUCCAUUUCAGUUUGUAAUUUUGUGAAUCAUGAUCGAUGUAUGCAACUUGUUACAACUCCAUGUAUUUCCAUUGCAACAUCAUUGGUGAAGGUGAGCUGGAUACUUAUAGUGUAAAAAAAAGAAGGUGGAAAUGUAUCACUUCCUCUUCCCACUAACUGCUAUAGAUAGUGACACCACCGACAGUGAUAUUCAUAAACCCUAGUGCAAGGCUUGCUGGUUUGAUACCUGAAGGUCACAUGUUCAAAUUUUUCUACAAUGGAAAAAGUCAUUUUUAAAAGUUUUUUUUUCUUUUUUUAUCCCUAUUUCUUUUUCUUUCUUUCUUUCUUUUUUCUUCAGUUCUUUUUCUUUCUUUCCAUUGUUCAUUUUCUUUCUUUUUUCUUCCUUUUUUUUUCUUGCCUAAGAUUGUAAGUUUCUUUGAAAGGCUUCAUGUCAAAAAUUGUUUCAAAGUCAUUAUCAAUUAUCCUGAAGCCAAAAACUGGUUGUCAGAUGAGAAGUAAAAACGAAAUGGGAAAAGAAUAGAUUUUGCAGUAUCACAUGACAUUCUAUGUAGCUGAUUGGUCAGUAUUUGUUUUCGAGGGUUCAGAUGGCAUCUCAGGACUUAAUGUCAGAACAACCAAAGAUAAAGAGGCAAAUUUUCAUGAGAGAAAACAAUGAAGCAGCAUUAGCCACAUUUAAAAAAAAUAGUUGUUUCACUUUGACUUUAGCAUAAACACAUACAUGUAAUAAAACAAAUGCUGCAGCUUCAUGCCUCAUGUCUGCAAUUGGCAACUCUGGCUGAAAUUUUAGGUGCCAAAAUGUUUUCCACUAGCUAUGGCGACCAAAAUGGUUGCAGCUUGUAGUGCUUCAAGGGGAUGGCUGUCAGCACUAUCCUAGAAUACUUGUGAACGACUGUCAAUUAGUACACAUUACAAUUAAAAUUGUUUAAUCAUAUAGAUAUACAUGUACUCAAUCUAAGUAGACCUUCAACAGGCAAGUUACCAACAGGGAUUUUUCUGACUUGUUUGGGUUUUCCUUUCAGGAGCCUAUUGCUCACAGUUGGAGCGGUCCAUCUUUCUUUCGGCGAAGAUUUUGUUGUGUUUGUAGAAAGAGACUCGAAGAUCAUGUAGCUUUUAGAUGUCAAGGUGAGUCUGCCAUGAAUCAAAUAAAAUAUGGUUCAUUUGGACAUGAAUUCCAAAGAGCUUCACUACUUUUUUGUAAGAGAAAUGUUUUUGAAAAAGUUAAGUAGCCCUUAUGCUAUUUAACAUAGGAUUAAGUAAAACUGAGAAUGCUGUAAUUGUUGCUUAGGAUAAUCGUAAUGCAUAAUGCAAGUUGCGACCAUACAUGUAACUUAUGCCAGGUUUCCAUGUCAAUUUUCCAUUCAUUUCUCCCCCUGAGAGAGGUAUUGUGAGAGGAAAUUGUCUUUCCAAAGAACACAGCAAACACAAUAUCCAAGCCAUGACCUAAACCUAAACCUUUUGAACCAAAGUGAUGAGGGGGGGGGAAGGUUUGACACAAAUACUUUCAGGCAGGGUAGGACAAAUUUGACAUAUUUUCUAGUAAGGAGCUGGUAAUAAAGACAACUUUCCAAGUUUGAAAUCUCUAUAUGUUUUUUCCUCUGUUGAGCACGUAAAUCAGGUAAUUAGCAUACGGUAUUUUGUAGUGUGAUGAGAUGGUAUGAAUAGUUGUAUUAUAGAGCACUUUGAUCUCUCUCUCUCUCAAUUUGAUGGAACUGAUACAUAUGAACACUGUUCAUAUGAUUGAGUGCAGGGCUGUAGCUAGCAUGAGGCAAGACGAGGCAAUUGCCUUGUCUUGAUUUUGGCCCAAGAUUUACUUUUCUGAAAAAAAUGCCAUGGAAAAUGCAUAAAAGCGCAUUUCUGAGCCUCUAGAUUUCAAAAUUUUCUGAGGGGGCAUGCCCCCAGACCCCCCCCUAGUGGCUCGCUUUGGUGCUCAAAACUUACCUCGUCUUGUUCUGAAGUCUGGCUACAGCCCUGGAGUGUGCCCCACAUUUUGAAUUCUAAACUGAUAUUAAUAAUAACUCUUUCUUCAUUGCAGUUUGUGACUAUUUUGUUCAUGAGGAGUGUAAAGAGUUUAGUGUUAGUGACUGCAAGAAGUGUGCUUCAUAUGUUCCUCACAUGCAAAAUGUAUGUCUUUCUAUAAUCUAUAUCUUGCCGCUAAAUCAACACUCUGUCAACUAUUUAUAAUAAAUCUUCCUUGUUGUAGCUUUGUUUAGAUAUAAUCCAAACUCUCCUGACAGACAUUCGUGAGGCAGAAUCCCAGUUACUUUUUAUUGGUGAUGAUGUUGGUGGAUAGAGGGUCAUUUCUAUUCUAGAUGCCGUCUUGUAAGAGGGCUAUGAUAACUCCUGCAUAUGCAGUGAAAUUAAUUGUAUGUUUAACUUAAUGUUCAAACAACUGCAGACGGACUAAUAUUGAGGCAAAAUAUUGGUUUGCAUGGAUAUAUGAGUUUUGUGAAAAGUUGAGUAACUGCAAACAAGAAAUCAUGUUCAUAUUUGGAAAGGGGAACUCAUUCGUGAUCUUCCCUGGGGGGGAAACUUUUUGCCAUAUACAUUUAUUCAAAAUGAGUUUGUUGACAACCGCAGUCUGUAAGGCAAGCUCACCAUUGGAGAGAAGGAAACAUACCACCCAGUGCAAAGUGUGCACACUGUAAACGAACUUGUGGAAGCGUGGAGUGUUUGACAAGUGUCAAAUGUAGCUGGUGUGGGCAGGCGGUGAGUGCUUGUGAUUUGGUGCGUUUUUUAUGUACAUUAGAAAAAAAUUGCAUGUGUCUGCAAAAUUUUUUUUUUUAACUUGCUUUUCUUUUGAAUUUAGGGCCAAUUACCUCUGAGCUAUUCUGAACUAAACAGACCAUGAGUGCAUUUCCUGUCAUUCGGACAGGGAUCUGUUGAUGAUGAAUAUGGGUUGCUUCUGCUUCCCUAUGCCCCUACAAUCAAAACAUAUUAAAAAAUACUAUUACAGUAUAAUAGAUUAUAUUUCACUGAUUAAUAUCAUGCCAUGUCAAUAAAUUUUUUUCCAUGACAACUUCAUGAUAUACUCAUUUGGAAAAUGUAAACAAUAUGUUCAUUGUUUUUACUGGUUUUAAAAUAAAAAAUUGUUUUAUUUCAUUAAUGUCAAAGGUAUAUGUAACACAUGUUGAAAUUAGGUCAUGGUACAAAAGAGAGAAGUCGUAAAUUUUCCUGACAUCUGUUCUUACGCUCAAUGUGUUUUGUGUUGUUCUGAUUACUUACAGGCUCAUAGUUCUUGUCAGUUUAUGUUACCUAAAGAAUGUGGAUUUGGUUAUCUUCAUAAGCUUUUGUUACCACCGUAUGCUGUUUCAAUGCCAAAUGUCACCUUGUGGAGUUCUUGUUCGGAGAGCAGAUGCAAGUCUGCUACAUCAAGAGGUAAGGAGGAAGGUGCCAGAAAAUUCUUGUAUAUAUGGGUAUCAAAAUGAUAAUCAUUAUCAUGGUGUGUUCACAUAAUGUCUUUCACUGUUCUGUGUUGAUGUCAUGUUAAUCAGUUGAGUGAUCUUGAUGUAGGGGUUAAGUCAGUUGUAUAAUGUGCUUGACUUGAUCUCAGGCCUGGUCACACUAAUUAACCCUUUACACUCUAAUAACAGUAUGCAUAUUCUCCUUACUGUCCAUUGUACAUUUGUUAAGGUGCUGUCAAGGAGAAUUUGUUUAACGAUCAAGAGCUUCUUUAGUUGGUGAUCAUUUCCUAUAUUCUUGUGACCUUCAGGUGUGAUUCAAAGGAGAUAUUGUAAGGAGAAUUUCGAUGUUAGUCACUCUUAGGAGUGAAAGUGUUAAUCUAGUGGCACAUCUCCCAACCCUGGAACAUAUAUAGAUAGGUAACAAAAUUGUAAGGGGAAAAUGGUAUACUGCUCAAUGGUAUGUGAUGCUUUCAAUGACUCUGCAUUCAGAAACAGAGGAAGCAGCCAGUUACAUGUUCUCCUAGUCACUGGGAUGAGCUUGAUCAGUGAUGAGUCACAAGUUAGGCUUGCAACACUAUAUUCCUUCCUCCUCCCCCCUCCCCCUUCCCCCCUCCUCCCUCCUCUAAUCUGUUGGACUGACUGCUUGUAAUUAUCCAUAGGUAUGCUGAAAGGUGUUGUUGACAGUGAUGAUGGUAUAGUCUCAGAUGACCCACUCCAUAACACAGACAUGAGCAGUUUAUCUUUUGAUGCAGGUAUGAUUGAUACAGAUAUGAGUUUGUUUAAUAUUUCAUGCACAAUAUUUUCUCCAUUUGCUGAAUCUCACUGUGGUUAUAUUUGUUGAUCUUUGGUAUAAUUACAUGUACCCUCACAAUGUCUGUAUUUGUGGAGCUUGAUAAUGAUGUUUUUACAUCAAUUUUAUAAUUGUACUAAGAGAUGUUUUUCAUUGUAAUAGAUGAAACUUAUUUAAAGAUAUAUGAUGGUGACAUAACGGAUCCAAAACUUUGUAAAAACAUAGUGAUUCCCAGGACAGCUCAAGUCAGCAAUGUUCUUGUGAGUGUGCAACUGGUUUUGAUUUUAACAACUUUGACAUUAAUAGUAAAUUUUUGAAACUAGUUGAAACAAGACUUGAAUUCUGGGAAACAGAAUUUAUAUGAUGCAUCUAAUAAAUUGAGCUUGGUGAAUGGUUUGGCAGUGGAUCUGCUGUUCUAGACAACAGUAUGCUUGGGUCUGGUACAAGUAGAUGCAAACAUUGGGUUUUAUUGUUUCAAAUUUCAACAAUGAUGUUCUUUCACUGAUUUCUAGGAAGAAGCUCUGAAAAAAUUCCACAUCACAGAUGAUCCCAGCAAUUAUUACCUUGCAAGAGCUGUGGAUGAAGGUGAGACACCAGGGAUGGCUUUUUCACCCUAUCACCUGCAAGUUCUAAGUCUCGAUUCUCCUUACUGUCUGCCAUACAUUUCUUUUAACUUGUGCUUUGAGAAGUUGGUUUUAAAUUAGCCCUAGUUUUAUCUGUUUUCUCUUUCUCAUCGCCUUUGUGCUGGAAAUCACAUCACUUAUUGUAAGGAGAAAUUAUUUUUUUUAAUAAAUUUAACAAGAGAAGUAAUUAUCCUCUAUGGCCAGCCAGCUGAAUGGAUAUUGUUAUGUCACCAUUGUGUGAAGUUUUUCUAAGAUACAAUUCCCUGUUGGUGUUUUAAUUUUAUUAUUUUUAUCUCUUCCUGUUAAAGAAAAUGAACGUGUCCUUGAUCCUGAAGAGAAGCCUCACCAGUUUACUGGUAGAAAUUCAUCCAAACCUUUAAUCUUUCUUCGCAUGAAGGUAGGAUUGAUGUGCAUUGUACUGGCUCAAUUAGGUCUUGUCUUCUAAAUAAUUAAGAAAGUUAUUUAAUUUUUUUUUAAGUUUGAAAGGGUGAUGUUGUUUCCAUUUUAGGUUUCAAUUGAGUACUGAGUGACAUAUGCAUACAGUGUUGUGUAACAGUCACAGAUCUUGCAUCUUCUCCUCAACUAGUCAGAUGCUAACCAUAUCAGACAAUAUUACUUUUAAUCAGUAAAAUUUUUGGAAAUGCACAUGUUCAGCUCUUUUAAACAUAUGGUGUAUGAAUUUAGUUCUGUGUGUUCUACUUCAUAUUAGUUCUGGAUACUCAUAAAUAUUAUCUUAUUUUUUUCCUCACACAUUUUGUUGUUCUUUUUCUUUCAUUUAUUGUCAACUACCUUAAAUCUAAGUAAAUAAAUAACAGGUAUUUUACAUGGCAAGAUUAGCAUUUUAGUUAUUCUGAGUAACUUAUCCCUGUCCCUUUAUUAUAUUUUAAAAUAUUUUCUUCCAAAAAUAUGGUGAUAGAAAUUAAUUGUUGUUGCUGACAGAUGUUUAACCUUAUUAUGUUAUCAUUUUGUAAUCAAUCCCUCACCUUAGAGUGCAGAUCGACGGAAAGGAUAUAUAAGAGUUUACCCUGGAAUGAUAAAGUGAGUAAUUGUAUUUACAAUUAUUCAAUUUAAUUGGCAGGUGCAAUUUUGGUGUUAAUAGCAUAGGGUUCAAUUUGAAUUAGGCCAUACUCUUAGUCCAUGCCUCUUAGAGAUUGGAAGAUUGGUGUGAUUUUACAGGACUCUUAGGAAAUUUCAAAGCACUUUCUUAGCUAUUAAGUCCUGGAAAUUUAAGUUUUACUACCAAUCAAAGUGAGUCUGUCAUUCCAAAUUGCUGCUAGUUCAUGGAAUUCACUCAUUCCUGUCUGCAUUAUCUCUCAGUGCUUAGAAAUUUACAUUGUAAGUUUAGGGACAUCCCUCUCACUGAAAAUUCUGUGUCUACAUCCCCUAUUUUGUCAACUUAUUUACAAUCCACAUGUGUUAUUUUUGGACAAAAUAGCAUUUUUCCCUUAACCUUAACUGCUGCACGUGGUUUAAACUAACCAUUUGGUAACAUACCUGAUACAGUGCGGCAGGAACAUUCAAGAUAAUCCCUGUGACUGCACAGACAACUGUUACAGAAGUGAUAAGUGCUGCUUUAGAAAAAUUUGGAUUAAAGGUUUGUCUCAAGUUUCAAUGCAUUUUCUCAUCAAUUUAUGGGUACUUUCCUUCCUUACUCCCUUUCUUCCUUGCUUCCUCCCUCCCCCAGUUCCCCUUCAUCUUCUCUCGAUUGUUUCCCAAUCCCUCGGUCCUUUCUGUCUCUUUUUUUACCUUUUCCUUCCUUCCCCCUCUUCUCUAGCUCUCUUUUAUCUCCACUUACCUCCCUUCCUUUAACAGUACAUCCCUACCCUCCUCACCCUCUCUGAGCACCCUCCUCUCUUCUCAUCACUCUCCUUACCAGCUCUCCUUCUCUCCCUCUCUUAUCCACCCCCUCCCUGUUUUCACUGCUUAGGGUUAGCACCUCACUUGAACUUAAAACUAAAAACCUCACUGUGGCCUACUUUCCCAACCCUACCUACCCUAGCUUGGCAUGCUGCUUACCUUUACUUCAAGACUCCUCUUUAAGCCAUGUGAGUGUGUGCUAGUUCACUAUCCUCUUAAUACUAAUGCAUAAGUUUUUUUUUCUUUUUCCUCAGCCCAGUUUUUUGUGUCAAAAGGCCUCUCUGAACAAUUUAUUUCUCCCAAUGUUUAUUUUUUGCUCCUUCCUCAAUAUUAAUUUUGUCCCAUCUCUUGGAAAUGUUCCAAUCUUUCUAGACUGCUACUUAAUGCAACUUUAAGUAAAAUUACAUUAUCAAAGGUGCAAUUUUAAUGGAAUUUCUGUUACAUUUUUGUUAACCAUUACAUUAAAUUAAUUGUUAUGUACAGGAUGCCAAUGAGAAUGAUUUCUCUUUGACGGAAGUACACUUAACUCAAGGAGGUAACAUAUCUCAUUUUAUGGCGAUUUUACUAAAAUUAUUUUUCAUACAAUAAUGGAAAUUUGCUCUAUUUAUUAUCUCAAUACUGCAUAGAACUCCAUGCAGUGCAAUUAUUUUUAAACUUGGCACUGUUGAUUAUUAACCUGUCAGUUGACAUUACUUUUAUUCCUAUGGAAUUAACAGUCCAUGAACGAAGGAUGGAACACAAUGACUGUCCAUGGAAGUCCUUGAUGGAUAUUAGAAAAGUAAGGCUUAUCUAUUAGUCAGUAGGACUUUGGAAUGCAUGUUAUUUUCAGCUUUUGUACCAAGUAAAUAAGCCCUUAAACUUUGCUGAUGCUACAGCUAUUAGUUAGUACCUCUAAUACUUUACUUCUUAAGAUCUCUAUGUAAAUGAUAUCUUACUCCAACAAUUUGUUUUAAUCCUUACCUCAAGUGAACAACACUUUACCUCCAAUUCCACUCAUGAUAGUUGUCUCCUCUCCUUUGUUUUGGACUCCCCCAACCUUCUUCUGUUUUUGUUUUUGUUUUUUUGUUUUGUUUUUGUUUUUGUUUUUAUUUUUUAUUGUUUGUUUUAACCCUUUAACCCCUCGGAGUGACUAGCAUCUAAUUUCUCCUCACAGUAUCAUCCCUGAAUCAAACAUUAAGGUUAUGAGAAUAAAGGAAAUGAUCAACAAAUUCCGGAGCUCUUGAUUGUUAAGCAAAAUCUCCUUGUCAUGGAGAAUAUGCAUACUGAUUUUAGGGUGUAAAGGGUUAAUUAUUUGGAUGAGAUGCUCCUCUGUCUUUUUAUCUCCAAGUUUUCUUCUUGUAGAGUUACAGCCAUUGGAAAAUAUGGUGGUGAGGUGGGCACAACUUUGCUCUCAAUAGUUUCAUGUCUCCGCACCCAUUUUGUCUUCAACUUUCUUUGAUAACUGCAAAGUGAUUUUUAACAAUAAAUUAUAGAUCUUGUAUUCAUAUGAAGAUGUUGGAUUUGCUGUAAAAGUUAAUGUAUUUCUUUUCUUUGCAGAAGUCUGUAAGGAAAAUGAAACUCACAAGAUUCUACCUGAGGCGAAACUUAGAACCCUUGGGCAGUGUUUGCAUAUGCGUUGGUAGUCUCCCAGUUGGCCUCGACACAAGUAAAUACAAAACUUUGAUUGGCGACGUUCUAGGAGAAAGUGAGUUCUGUUUUCUUUGUUUGUCAGAUGCUUCUAAACAAGUAUCUUUGAUUUACGAGAGACUAAUGUAUACUAUUAAACUAUGUUUCCUGAGCCCUCCCCUGACGAGCUGCCACGUCCAUUCGGCUAUGUUGAGAUUGACGACAUCUCGGCAACCUAAUAGUUUGCGCAUUAAAAUAUGCAGAGGGAGGUUUGUGGUUGUUCUCAUCUUUUUUAUUGGAUUUCAUUUCACGAUUUGUAUGUAAUUGUUUUGCAGCCAUGGAAUUUUGUGAGGUGAAAAGUGUGUUUUCUAGUUAUGGUGAGUUACUAGUAAUCCUAAAGCUCAGUUCAUGUAUUUAAUUAUUAAAGCACAUUAUUAUAUCGCUGGUAGUGCCCGUGGGAAAUAUGAAGCGAAUUCUUUGUUCUGAUUGGCCCUUAUCCUGCGCAAUUUUUUGCUUGUUUGUUAGUUUGCAAGAAAGCGGGAUAAGCUCUGGUUAACGAAGCAUUUGGCCCGAGUGUAUCCCACACACUUUGCAUCCGUUAUUUUUUAAGCUCGAAGUCAACAUGGCUUGAGAAAGGACAAGUCCCUUUUUUCUGUAUCAUUUAGUCGCCGUGAGUUUCCUCGUUUUGACUGACUGCAAUGUGUGCUUUGCAAUUCCAUUGCUGCUGCCUGGUGACAUAUGAGGCUGCCUAAGAAUUACGCAGCACCUCAACCGGCCAGUUUUACUCUUUUGAGUAAGAGGCAAACUUGCGCGGGCAUAGCCCCUUUUGCCAAUCAGAAAAUAAGAUUUACGCAAUAAUGCUCGAUCGCACAGCUGGUCACAGGACAGAAAUGACUGAGAGCUUUGUUUUUGUUUUGUUUUGUCGGCUUUUUUUUUUACUGUUAAUUACGUUACCUAUUGUAGACAUUGUAACUCUCUACAGGUAUGGUGUUUGUGUUUUUUCCUGCUGCUGACACAGCAGCAGAUGCCGUGAAUAAAUUUAAAAGCUCCACCGUGGACAACAAAGAGCUGUUCGUGAGAGUCUUACCCAGCAUUCACGUAAGUAGCCGUAAAUGCAAUAGCAAAGUCUUUCUCCAGAGCAUUUUUUAGAAAGUACUUUAAAAAACAAAUGAACAGAUGUAGAUCGACCUGAAUCAAUAUUUCUUUUUUUCGCAUAUCGUCAUUCUCUUCUUACAGUAAGGGAGUUAUGCUUAUUCUGUCUUCUUUUUUUCUUCCUUUAGCCUGGACUGUUCCCCCCUGGAAGCCAACCUCUUUUAGUACUGGUAAACUCCAAAAGUGGUGGUGGUCAGGGGGCCGACAUGUUAGCAGCUUUCCAGAGACUGCUCAACCCUUAUCAAGUGUACAGCCUCUUAGAGGGAGGCCCAUUAUUAGGGUAUGUUAAACUCUCUCCCCCUCCAUAUCUAGGAAACUGUAUGUCGAGACGAGUUCCCACCCGAAUCGUUGGGGUUACAAGAAAGUUGUUUGCUUAGUAGGAACUAUUUCCUUAGACUUUUGUGUCCACGAGAAUUAACCGAGGCCGAGCUAAUCCAGCCAUAGUGCAGAUAUGGAUAGGUGCAGAAUCUUUCUAGCACAAAUCGCACUAUUUAAAAGACCAUACGCAUAUUUACACGAGAUAACCCAAUAUCACCCCCCUCCCUCAGCCUCGCUUUCAAGGUGCAGACUUGUGAAUUGUAAUAGGAAAGUAUUUUGCACGUAGGACAAACAAGGAAGUGGCAAAGAUUGAUGAAACAUUUUAGUCCAAAAAAGGCCUGGGGGUUAAUUUUCCGCAUAUGACGUCGUUCUGCAGAGGAACUAUUUCUAUUUUGUCGUAUAGGCUGCUUCCUAAAGUAAUCAUUGAGAGCUAUUCUAUACUCAAAAUUACGAGCAUUGUCUUCUUCUGUCAGCUUUGUCCCAUCAUCUUUAAAUCGCUGAAUAUCUAAAAUAUGAAUCGAUUUUUAUCUUUGUUUCAGAUUUUAUGCUUUCAGAUCUAUUCCUGAUUUUCGUGUGUUGAUUUGUGGUGGUGAUGGCACAGUUGGCUGGGUGCUGUCAUGUUUGGAUGAUGUUGUUCAAGAGAUGAAGUGUAAGUUACCUGCAUCAGCAGUUCUUCCUCUUGGCACCGGUAAGUGGAUUUUUACAAAUUAUUCCUGUUCUCCACGAUUUAGAGCAAAUUUAUUUCCAGAGUCAAAAGUACCUUCUGUACGUUUUAUUUUCUGCGAUAUUUCAUAGAUUUCAAGACUCGUUCUAUAAACUUGGCCAAUGGGAUGAAAAUCUGAAACUAAUCAUGAUUUAGUCAUUUGUGUUUUCAAGGCAAUAGAGACCCUAGAAAGUCAUGCAAAUUUCCACUUUUUAGGCCUGAAAAGUUCGUAGUAUUUGUAAGUAAAUCAAGUAGCAUUGAUUACUGAAAGUCUGGAACUCUAUACUGUAAUUAUAUGAGCAUUUUCAAGUUACGAUUAAUAGCAGAGGUUUAAAUUAGUAGAAAAACCGUUGUAGCGUAUUUUGAAAAGCUGCCGUUUCGGGUGGUACAGUGAAAAGAGAAUGGGUGGGAAAUUGAACGAGACUCUCGUAUGAAUGAAUCUCUCUCGUGAUUUCUAUAGUAGCAAGGUAAUGAAUGGGAAAUUGAAUGAGAUUCCCAGGUUACAUGUAUUCAUCUCUCUCGUGAUUUCUAUAGCAGCUAGAAAAUGAGUGGGAAAUUGAACGAGAUUCUCAAUUUACAGGUAACGAUCUCUCUCGUGUUCUCCAUUGGGGAGGUGGUUACUCUGGUGGCGAGAGUCCUGUAUCGCUUCUCAUGGCCAUUGAUCAGGCACACGAAGUGUUUCUUGAUAGAUGGUGUGUCAUGUUUGAUUCAGCGGACACUAAUGUUCCAGAAACAAUGUCAAACGACAGCGCGCUUGGCUCGAUGGGAGGAAGAGAAGACGAUCCAAGUAUUUUUACCAUGAAUAAUUACUUUGGCAUCGGAAUUGGAGCUGAGCUUUGUUUAGAUUUUCAUCUUCAGAGGGAGGAAGCACCUGAUAAAUUCCAUAGCAGGUGAGGAUACAAAGGAGUAAAUUUACAGGUUACGAAAUUAGUCGUAGUCACUAUGCGGCAUUCGAUUGAAGAAAAAGAGUGUUGAUUGCGAAAGCCAUUGGAUGGUAACAAAGGUUCCAUAGUCUUCUGAGAUGUACUGUUGUUUCAUCUUUACUGCGUUUAAUGUGCUCAAACUCCGGAUAAAUAGUAACCUCCGUUGAAAGCUCUUUUGAAAAGGGAUAGGUUGAAAAACCCCCGACUUUGUGUUUUGCAAUUUACUGUUAGUGCGACUGUGUUUAAUCUCUAGUUCCCCCCUUUUUUUUUUGGUUUCUUUUUGUUUCAGGCUUCAUAACAAAGGAGUUUACUUUAGAGCAGGUAUAAAGAAAAUGGUCAAAGGCUACUCGCGGACAUUUACUCAAGAGGUCGAAAUAGAGGUGAUUAAUCUGUAGAACGAUGGUAUUGAAUGGCUGAUCACAAUAAAAGGGGUGUACCGCUGACUAUAAGACCUCUUAUUGCCUUUUGUUUACCCUGCAAGCGGGCUCAUGUUUGGGUUUCACCAUACUGCCCCUUUUCGGGCACAGCCGCCUAUUUUACCAUCGACAGCUGCCUAUAGAAAAAGGUUAUUGAAACCCCUGUAUCAGAAUUAACUUUCUUAGCAUCGAGUGUUGGUCCAAAUCAUCAUCGUCUGUCAGUUGUAUUCAACUCUUAAUGAUUGCAUGUAUAUCAGUUGCACAAUUUUUUAUUUCAUGCCCCAAUCACACCUGAGCGUUUUGUUUUGGCGUUUUGCGGUGCUUGUUUGCCUUUCGUCCUCUUUAACUUUCUAGAGACCAGUAUCUUAUUUACUUCCUUUUCGCUGCAGAUUGAUGGCAAAAAACUUGACUUACCAACACUAGAAGGAAUUGUAAUUCUGAACAUAGGCAGGUAAGUAAAAGCUUGAAAUUGAGGUCAAUCUAAUUAAUUCGAAUUAAUUUUUCAGUGGUUAGAUUUUCAAUUUAAUUGUAGGAAAAUCGCUGCACAUCGGCUUCAACAAGUAAUUUUAAGCUGCACAGUUUUUAUGCCCGGUGAAAGUAUGAUUCGUGUAGGUCAACAUUAUUUGUUUCAUAUAAUCAUGAUCUGAUUCCUUUACGGGAACGAACAACCUUUCAAAAUUUGUCUCACUCACAUCACGUGGCUUCGCAGCAGUCCCCAACUGUUAUCUGGGAGGCCCGGGUUCGAUUCUAGUCGAAGUCUGAAUUUUUAAGGCUUCUUUUCUGAGAUUGCUUUGAUAGCAGCUGACCUGCGAUGAUCACUUCGUUACUUGUAAAGUCUUUUAUUCUUUUGUAUAAAUUUUGCGCUUUAACUUUUUUUUUAAAAUUUGUUUUCCGGCCAGUUGGGGAGCAGGCACAGAUGCAUGGGGACCAGACAAAGAAGAUGUAUGUAGUACUUCAUGAAUUUAGUGGGAUAUCUGCUCAUAUUCUUAGCACCAAACAACUGAUAAAAUAACCAUGACAUUUUGUCCCUAGAAGAUGAAGUCUGGAAAAGACUCAAAGAUUCAGCGCAUUAGCUAUAAAGAAGCCAAUAAGUGCGAAGAGUAGAAUUGUCCAAACCGCCAAUAGCGCGGGAAGUAGCAAAUGACCAAACCACUGUUGAUUUUAGUUAUGCCCGUGAUUGGUUCAGAGAGUGGCUUGAAUUAUCUGGACCAAUCGCAAAGCGAAGUUAAACGAAAUAAAUGCAAUCCCGGAUUCCUUUUCCACACACAAUUGAAAUUGCUUGAAUCUUUUUGCAGGGUCAUGCCUCAGCUUGUCACUGUGACGGUCUUGUCGAGGUGGUUGGACUUCAGGGAGUAAUGCACCUGGUGAGUCAGAAUCACCACCAUCUUUACCCUUCACGCCCUAACAUCAGUAGGCAUAUGCACCAUACUGUUCUCUCCAAGCUGCUCCGCGUAUUUUUUUCUACAACUGCCACAAUUUUUGUAUCCUGCCUUUUCCGUUCUUCUUAAAUAUUUGCAUAAGAAACGUUUUUAUUUAGCGAUAAAAAUGGUGCCUUAGUUCUUAAUUGAAAUGAAUUCUUUAUUAAAAGGGUCAAAUUCAAAGUGGAAUCAGGACUGGUAUUCGGCUAGCACAGGGAGCCCAGGUAUAGAUGUUUGGUUGUAAUCCAGUAAAUAACAUAAUGAAGCCAUAAGUUGAUUAUCCUCGUACUAUUCUCUUGUAAUUUCUGUUUUUCACGUUACUAUGUUCCCACCAGUGGCGUAGCGUCAUUUUUUUCUGCAUAUUUACUUUAUAAAAUCAGUUGAUAAAAAAACUAUCAUGUAAUACCCCCCCUUCCCUUCCCCCCCCCCCCCCCCCACACCGACGCAGAACCACAGUUUCUUUAGAAAUUUACCCUCUUCAUUCAUUCGCUUCAAUGUUUUUUUUCUUAAUUGAUGAAAAUUAUUAUUACUUCAUUACAGAUCAACAUCAAAUUAAAAUCAGAGAUGCCCGUACAAAUAGAUGGUGAACCUUGGAUGCAGCCUCCUGGAAAUGUGAUUGUACGGCCCAUACUAACACAGGUAUUUACUGUGUAACGACGCUGUAAAAGAUUACCGUUUGGGGAAAAUGAAAGGCUUGUGAUUGGACUCGCAUAUCUCAGUGUUAAAAAUGCACCUAGAACAUUUCUAAAAAUCAAUUUAGUUUUAUCUUUUUACCUGAUUAUUUUUGCCAACAUUUACAUCCAAGAAUUCAAUAAAACGUUUAUAACCGGACGACUUUGGUUCAGAAUUAAGAAUAUUUUGCUAGAACCCAAACGGCCAUCGAACACUUUCGAAAUUUCAUCGUUAGUUCACUUAUUUUUUUCUUUAGGCGCUGAUGCUAUCGAAGAGGAAGGUUAAAGUAAAAAACAAAAGAAGACCCACAAGUUCGUCUCGCCCUCCUGCAAGCCCCAGCGCAACAAGAACUAUUUUUUAUGAUGAUUAA